AUGGCCUACUCCUACUCCCACACCAACAGCAACACCCUAACCCUCCUCCCCGACAAAACCCGCACCAACCAAGACCAGCUUCCCUGGGGUGCCGUCAGGUACAACAACCCUUCCCGCCGGCCCUUCGGCGCCUUCGCGUCGUGCCACGCGCCCAUCCCGCCGCCUCUGAGCGCGCGCUUCUGCAUCCCGCCCGAGGAGGCGGAACGCAAGAGAAAAAACGACGAGUGGGUCGCGCGCCAGCUGGAGCUGUAUGCGAUGCCGGGCGCGGCGUGGGUGUCGCGGGAUGGCACCCGUCAGGAAGAGGAAGAGGAGGAUGAUGAUGGAGGAGAGGAAGGAAGUGAAGCAGAGAGCGAUGGAGCGCGAGGCAUGACGACAACGACAACCUCAGUCCCGCUAAAACAGCUCCUGUACCACGCCUUCCGCGCCGAGGUAUCCCGAGGCGGGCAGCGAUCGCUCCUCCUCUUCCUCCAGCACGUCCAGCAGCUCGCGUCAUCGAUCGCGUCGUCGCAGCGGCUGCGGCCCAUCAAGCUCGCACUCCUGGUCGUCGCGACCAUCUGGGUGCUCGGCAUGGGAGUCUUGUACGCGGCGGAGGCGCUGUUGGAGGAGGACGACGGCAAGUUGAAGGGCGAGCUCGGUUAUGUGCUGGUGCCUGACUUCAAGAGCUGGAGUGUCGCGCAGCCGCAGCGCUGCUGA